AUGUUUUUGGAAGGGGGAAACCUUACCCAGGUCUCUGAGUUCCUGCUAAUGGGCCUCUCCGAGGACCCCCGGGAGCAGCAGCUGCUCUUCAUUCUCUUCCUGGUUAUGUACCUGGUCACAGUGCUGGGCAACCUGCUCAUCGUCCUGGCCAUUGUCGCCGACGCCCGGCUCCACACCCCCAUGUACUUCUUCCUGGCCAACCUGGCCUUCGUGGACAUUUGCUUCACCACCACCACCAUCCCAAAGACACUUAUCAAUCAUGUCACUGGGGAUAAAGGGAUCUCGCUAGCCGGAUGUUUUACGCAGACAUUCUUCACUAUCUUGUUUGCGAGUCUUGACUGCUACCUGCUGCUUGUCAUGGCCUAUGACCGCUAUGAGGCCAUCUGCCACCCCCUGCACUAUGCCACGUCUGUGACACCCCAGGUCUGCAGCCUCCUGGUGGGGGCGUCCUGGGCCACAUCAUUCGGGCAUUCCUUGGUGCACGUCAUAUUGCUGAGCCGUCUCUUAUUCUGCACGCACAACCGGGUCCCUAAUUUCUUUUGUGAAAUAGGCACCAUGCUGAAUCUGGCCUGCUCUGACACUUUUGUCAGCAACAUAGCAGUGAACUCAGUGACUGCCCUGACAGUCAUUCUCCCCUUUGUGGGCAUCUUGAUCUCAUACUUGCUUAUCUUCGCGGCCGUGCUGAGGAUCCCGUCCAAGACAGGCAAGCAGAAGGCUUUCUCCACCUGUGGCUCCCACGUCUCCGUGGUGACCCUGUUCUACGGGACCCUCAUCGGGGUGUAUUUCAACCCCACGUCCUCCCACACUGCCCAGAAGGACACAGUUGCUGCAUUAAUGUACACCGUGGUCACCCCCAUGAUGAACCCCUUCAUCUACAGCCUCCGGAACAAGGACAUGAAGGACGCCCUGGCAGCCCUGGUCAGCAGGAAGCCAGGUUUUUCUCAGUAA